AUGGCGCUUACGGUUGGGGACGAUGCACUUGGCAGAGCCGUGCUUCUGAUCUCCGCGGCGACCGGGGACCCUCUGGGGAAGCCAGCUCAAGGAGCCAGCACGUCAGCUCAGACCAGCGAAGGCAUUGUCACCGGCCUGGCGGCCUGCGCCACCGCGUUGGCAGCCAAGUCGCAAUCAGCCGCCGACUUGCUGGGCCGCACGCCGCUGGAGCAGGCGCAGGUGUCCGAGUGGCUGACGUGGUGCACCACCGAGCUUGCGCUGCUGCUGGAUGAUAAGCUGGCAAAGGUCAAUGAGCAGCUGCAGGCCCGCACCUACCUAGUGGGCAGCCGCCUCACCCUGGCUGACCUUGCGGUGUUUGGCACCGUGCAGCCCGCAGUGGCCGCCCUACCCCUGGCGCAGACCGACCAGUUCUGCAGCCUGCUGCGGUGGUUUGACCUCAUACAGCAUCAGGCAGACCCCCAGCAGGCCGUCUUCAAGCACACACAGCUGCAGCUGCCCCGCUUCGUGCCGCCGCCGCCGCCCGCGGCGCCGGCGCCAUCGGCUGCGGGCGCUGCGUCGAGCAGCGGGAAGGGUGACAGCGCCAAAGGCUCCGACGCCUCUGCAGCCACCAAGGCGGCCCCUGCCGCCAGCAGCAGCAAGGCGGCCCCCCCGGCCGCCGCCCCCAAGCCCGCCGCCAGCCCCGCGGCCGCAGCCGCGCAGGACGCCGCAGCGGCCGCGGCGGCGCCCGCGGCGGGCGGCAAGGAGAAGAAAGCGAAGAAAGAGAAGGGCGGCGGCGGCGGCGGCGACGGCGCGGCGGCGCCUGCGGCGGCGGCGGCGGGCGGCAAGAAGGGCGGCGGUGAUGAUGAGGUGCGGAUAGACAUGCUGGACAUUGUCGUCGGCCAGAUCGUCAAGGUCGGGAAGCACCCCAACGCGGACUCGCUGUACCUGGAGGAGAUCGACGUCGGGGAGGACAAGCCGCGGCAGGUCAUCAGCGGGCUGGUCAAGUUUGUACCGGAGGAAAAGAUGCAGGGGCGGCGCGUGGUGGUGGUGCUCAACCUGAAGCCCGCCAAGAUGCGGGACGUGAUGUCCUACGGCAUGGUGCUGUGUGCGUCCAACGACGCCCACGACCAGGUGGACCCCAUCAUCCCGCCAGAGGGCGUUCCCCUGGGGGAGCGCGUCGCCUUUGAGGGCUACGCCAACGCGCCGCUGCCCGAGGUCAACCCCAAGAAGAAGAUCCUCGAGAAGCUGCUGCCAGACCUCACAACCGAUGCCAGUGGCAACCCGGUCUUCAAGGGCGUCCCCUUCAUGACGUCUAAGGGGCCCGUCACCUCUACCAUCCCCAACGCGCACGUGGGCUGA